AUGCGCGACCGCGAGGGGCAGACGUCCUACGCGGCGCCCCGCGUGGACUGGAAGAUCUCCGACUUCGACAUCCUGGGGCGCCUGGGCGCGGGGUCCACCUCCACAGUGGUGCACGCGCGACGGAGGGCCUCCGGCAUGGAGUGCGCGCUCAAGGUGGUGGACAAGCACCUGGUGCAGAGGAACAGGCUGCUGGAGUACGUUGUGCGGGAGAGGCGCGUGCUGGACAGGAUGGACGACCAGGGUGUGGCCAGGCUGUUGUUCACGUUCCAGGACGCGGCCCACCUGUACUUCGGCCUCGAGCUUUGCCCCCAAGGGGACCUGUUCGACCAAGUCCAGGCGCGGGGCACCCUGGACCUUGAGGCCGCCAGGGCCUACGCCGCGGAGGUCGUCCUGAUCCUGGAGUACCUGCGCGGCGCGGGCGUCAUCCACAGGGACGUCAAGCCCGAGAACCUGCUGCUCACGGACGCCGGGCACGUCAAGCUGAUCGACUUCGGAUGCGUGAAGGAUUUGAGGGACGGCGGGGAGGGGGAGCCGGCCGCGGGCGGCGGCCGGUCGCCCAACAGACUGCAGAGGGAGAAGAGGAGGGUGUCGUUUGUGGGCACGGCGGACUACCUCGCCCCGGAGGUGCUCGAAAACACGCGCGUCAGUUUUGCUACCGAUCUUUGGUGCCUGGGCUGCACGGUGUACCAGAUGCUGGCGGGCAGGCCGCCCUUUCGGGCAGGCAGCGAGUACCUGACUUACCAGAACAUAACCAACAGGGCUCUGACUUAUCCGGAGGGCUUCCCGGAGGUGGCCCGGGACCUGGUGGAGGGGCUGCUGGCGGCCGAUCAGGGCGCCAGGCUGGGCGCCGAUGACAUCGCGGAGGUCAAGGCGCACCCCUUCUUUGAGGGGAUCCAGUGGUGCAGCUUGCGGGAGGCCAAGGCGCCGGAGUACAGACCCCGGCCGAGGGCGGACCCAGAGGAGGAGGGCCUGGACUGGGACCUGAAAUCCAUGGUGGAGGCCGUGCCCGUGACGUACGAAUACGUACCGUCUGUACAAUAA